GGGGCGUGGCGUGGAGGAAGGCGGGGCCUCCCCCCUCUCUCUCUCGCGGGCGCUAUAGGCGGAGCCGCGAAAGCCCUUGAGGGGGGAGGAGCUCCGUGGUCCCUCCGGUCCGUCCGCCGCCGCCGCCGGGAUGCGACGGUCGGGCUUCCCGCCGCCGCCGGCGCUGCUGCUGCUGUGGUGGUUCGUGGCAGGUACCCCCGCCGCGAGCGCCCCUCGCCCUCUGCCCCCUUAUUCCAUCCUUCACUCCCCUCCUCACAUACACACACUCUUGAGGUACCGGGGGAGGAGGAGUGAGGCCGCGUUGCCACGGUAACCAGGGGAGGGUUGGGUUGCCACCUUCUUCAAGUAGCCCCUGCUCCUCUGCUCCUUCUGGGAAAGGUCGGGCUGCGGCGCACGUGAGCAAAUGGCAACGCUCGCCUCGGCUCGUGUCCCUUCUUGAGAAUGGGGGGGGGGGAUCCAGAAUUGGGGGGAGUGUGUGGAUCAGUUUUCUAGAUCAGUUGGCAACAGGGCAGGGUCGGAUUUAGGUUUGAUGAGGCCCUAAACUGCUGGAGGUAAUGUGACUGGUGACUGGGAGUGGCCACCGGGACCACAUAACACCUGUCCUGAGAGAUCUGCAUUGGCUCCCAGUACGUUUCUGAGCACAAUUCAAAGUGAUGGUGCUGACCUUUAAAGCCCUAAACGACCUCGGCCCAGUAUACCUGAAGGAGCGUCUCCACCCCCAUCGUUCAGCCCGGACACUGAAGUCCAGCGCCAAGGGCCUUCUGGCCGUUCCCUCACUGCGAGAAGUGAGGUUACAGGGAACCAGGCACAGGGCCUUCUCGGUAGUGGCGCCCGCCCUGUGGAACGCCCUCCCUUCAGAUUUGAAGGAAAUAAGCAGCUAUCUUCUCUUUAAAAGACAUCCAAAGGCAGCCGUGUUUAGGGAAGUUUUUAAUAUUUAAUGCUGUAUUGUUUUUAACACUUGAUUGGAAGCCGCCCAGAGUGGCUGGGGAAAUUCAGCCAGAUGGGCGGGGUAUAAAUAUUAUAUUAUUAUUAUUAUUAUUAUUAUUAUUAUGCCCUUUAUAUGUCCAGCUGUCCUUUGUCAACAACAAAUUGCCGCUGUUUUUUGUGUUGAAUAUAUGCUAUAUAGUAAUUUAUGGACAUCAUAUGUAUCUAAAAUGGGACGCGGGUGGCACUGUGGGUUAAACUACAGAGCCUAGGACUUGCUGAUCAGAAGGUCGGCAGUUCGAAUCCCCGUGACGGGGUGAGCUCCCGUUGCUCGGUCCCUGCUCCUGCCAACCUAGCAGUUUGAAAGCACGUCAAAGUGCAAGUAGAUAAAUAGGUACCGCUCUGGCAGGAAGGUAAAUGGCGUUUCUGUGGUUCGUCAGAAGCGGCUUAGUCAUGCUGGCCACAUGACCCGGAAGCUGUACGCCGGCUCCCUUGGCCAGUAAAGCGAGAUGAGUGCCGCAACCCCAGAGUCGGCCACGACUGAACCUAAUCAUCAGGGUCCCUUUACCUUUAUGUAUCUAAAGCCAUUUGCACAUAACAAAAUAUGUAUUUUAUGAAAGUAAUUGUUACAACCAGUCCAUGCAGAAUGUAGGCACCCUGUAUAUAGAAAUGAGCAAACCAGUGAUAUUUUAGGGAGCAGGCUAGCAGGCUUACUAGCCUUACAUCAUAGGAGCCUACACAACACAAAACACCGUUGCUGUAUGUAGGUUUUAUUUUACUUGUUUUUUUAUCUUAUAUUUUGGAAAUGUACAUCCAUGUGUUUUUUUCCUUUGAAUUUUUUUGGGGGCCCCAAGAGAGUGGGGCCCUAUGCUAUAGCUUGUUUAGCUUAUACGUAAAUCCAGCACUGGCUGCGAUGCAUGCAAGCAAAUGGCUCGUGUUACUUCUUGCAAAUGGUGGGGUAGUGGAUCCAGAAUUUGGGGGGGGGGGGUGGAUCAGUUUUCUGAAUCAGUUGGCAACAGGGUUUAGGGAAGGGGAGAAGGAGGAGAGAGGUGUGUUCAUGGCAGGUGUAGGAAUGGCGUGCUGCUCUCAUAACCCGUGGCUGCUCUUUUCCCUCAGGACUCCUGUUGAUGCCUCCUUCUGGGGAAGGCCUCUCCGAGGUAAGUUUAGGGAUAGCGGGGAAAGUGGGGAGUAACAAGAAGGACUCCCAUCGGUGUCCCACCAUCCCCAUCUUCUUGUGUCAUCUUCCCCAACCUGCUGCCCUCCAGAUGAUUUUUGGACAACUCUCAUCGACUGAUGGAUGUUAUCGUCCAGAACAUCUGGAGGGCAGCAGACUGAGGAAGGUUGUUCUAGUCUGUCUCUCUCUCUCUCUCUCUCUCUCUCUCUCUCACACACACACACACACACACACACACAUAUAUGGUGCAGUGGAUUUUGUUCAGUCUGCAUUCAUAAGUGGAACUAAUUCACAUCCCUCGGCUAAAACAUGGAUAGGAACAUAAAUUAUCCUCUGCAUUUCACGCUUGCUAAUUUUUCAGUACAGUUGCCUGCUCAAAAACACCCCCAAGUGGGUUUCUUAAAAGGUGUUUUAGGAUAAAAUAUAUUUAGAAGUUGAACUAUGCACAUUGAGAGAAAAAUAAUGUUUAAUGUACUUAAAUACAGAUAACUUAAAACUUGUGCAGGAGUUAAGUUCUGGGGAUGGCACAUAUAUGUCAAACCACCUCCUUGGAAGCGCCUCUGUGUGAGCAAUCUUUCCUUCUGGACCCAGCAUGCUGAACAGGUUGUACCCCACCCCCCAAGGCUCUGGAAGGCUUGUGGGAUCUUGCAGGGCCGUACAAGAUUUUGCUAGAACCUCCCAGUGCCCAGUAAGCAAGUUUUCUGCACCAGGAAAACCCUGUGCAAAAAGAGCUUUUAAGCUCUCCACCUUCUGCACAUUUAAUUUGCGUGAUUUGAACCACAUAAAGUUGAAAUUGCGCAAGCUAAAUGCAUGUAAAUUGUAAGUUACCUGUAUAUCAAUAUAUAUGAAUUUUUGUAUAGCUUUUAAAAACACAUUAAUGAAGAAACAGAAGGGAACAGACAUAUGAAUUAACACGUACAAAACUGAUGCAAAUUAGAAAACUGAUGCAAGUGAUUCAACCACACCGAAGCUCAGCAUGCAGUUAUGGGUACCACCUAGCUUGUCAGAUAGCCCCUUGCCCGCCCCUGCCCCCAGCUGCAUGCAUGGUGUGGAGUUAGGUUUGCAAUAAUUGCAUUCCUACAAAGUUGUCAAAUGUGAAUUUAAUGGAACUCAUGCAAUAUGUGGAUGGAGUUGUGAACUCAACUUUCACCAUACCUAUCACUCCUCACAGCCACACGUUUUUAUCAUGCUACUUUAUCUGUGUAAACUGAUCCUGUGUGUAGGCUUGCUUCAUGAAAAUUGGGAUUUUUGAGACUUGAAGAAAUGCUACUCUGAAUAAAUAUUUCAAAAAUACAAUUUGAGUAAACAUCAGUACUGUAAAUCUGUUCAUUCUCAGCCCAGAUGCGACUUAUAUUCUCUACCUGGAUGCCCAAGGAACUUUAAUCCUGUUUGUGGGACUGAUGGAGAAACUUACGCAAAUGAGUGUAUGCUUUGUGCUGCAAACAGGUAACUAGAAACUAACUGAUUCUGGCUGCAGAAGUCUUAGGUUUACAGAUAGUCAACCUGGGCUUUUAGUUAAUUCAUACUUUUGAAGCUAUUGGUAAGAAGUCUUCAGAACUUUCAUACUUGAUUAAAUGGACCAUCUCUUUACGUCAGGAUCCUCUCUGCAGAGUUAACCAUUCUCUGAGAAGUAGAUGGGAAGCUUCAGAAAAUCAUGGCACUGAAAGAGACAAAAGACCACUUGGUACAUUCCCUGUGUACAUUCCCAGUUCAAAAUGCACAAUUCAAAUUAUAGUGUUUCAGAAAUGGUGUACAUGCACUACAGAAGAGAUUCGGAGGUCCAUGGGAAUCUUAACCAUCAAGUCAAUCCCCACACUGCAGGUGGAAGGAAAGCUUGAAAAACAAACAAGGUGCUUCCAGGUCAUUUUAAUAGCAAACUUGGUGGCCCUGUGCCAACUAACAGGCAGGGGAGGGGUUUCUGCAUACUUGGAAGAAUGAAUAAGAAGAGCUGCAUACAUAUAACACCAUCGUAUAGGAAUGGAACAUGAGAAAAAAUUAAAUCCUACAGCAGUGAAAAGAGGGAUGGGUGAUUGGACCUGGAAGAUCUCCACUGAUUUACAGCACUGCAGUGCUUAGGUUCAUGAAGGACUGUUCGUCUUGCAGAACAUCAGUUGCAAAUUCUCAGCUGCCCAGAUGGUGAGCGAGGUUAAACUCCUUUCCAACACUGUACCACUUCACCUGAACACCUUGCUGCACAACCCCAUGAUACACAGUUAUAGUGAUCAGGUUUCGAGUGAUACAAAGUGGAGGGAGGUGACACUCCUCACCUUGAACCUCAGGAUGGUGACUUGGUAACAAUACAAUAAAAUACAAAUACCUUCAUUGGCAUUACGACUUAAAACAUUUCAAAACACUAGGAUAAAUUUAAAAGGGACAGGAGUGAGGCUGUUGAAGGUCACAAGGUACUUGAUUGUUCUGCUUCACCCUGUCUAUUCCCUAGAGGGAUGAUUCAUUAAGAACCCUUUCAGGUAAGAUGGAGAUUAAAAAGGAAACCACGGGGCAGUAACGUCCUUGUCCCUAUCCGCUAGGAAGAACCUCAUUUGGCUUUCUCUCAGACCCUUGGGUUGCAGAUCCAAUAUCUUGCUCAGCAUCUGUUUGAGGAGUCUGCUGUGCAAAGGGCUGUCCAAAAGAAUAUGGUCCAGUGAAUCUGGUACUCCCUGAUUACAGGCACACAGGCGGACUUGAUAAGGAAUUUGCAAGUGGUCACCUGUGGUCACUGCGGAGGGGAAAGCAUUUUGUCUUGCUAGCAUAAAAGCUCUUCAUUGGGAAGGAAGUAGUAGGUCUUUGAGCCCCCAAGUCAUUAAUUUUCUAUUCCAAGUAUGUCAGCCAGUGGAUCCAGAUGUGGAGUCAUCCCAGGGGAAACUUAAUUGUGUUCACCUCCAUGCCAUGGCUUCUAGCUGCACCAUAAGUAUGUCUCUGGCCAGAGCAGGCCCACCCAUGAAGUGGUACAGAGGGGGAUGUGGCAGAGGGGAGCAGCAAGAGGCUGCAAGUGCCGUGCGCCUCACCCUUGUCUCUGGUCCUAAUGUCAGAACAGAGUGUGAGGCUUAUAAAACUUAACCUCAGCUACAUGUUAGCAGAAUGGGCUCUGUAGGAAAACAGGUGCUUUUCUGCCACCUUUGCUGCACUUAAAAUGUUCCAUCAUCUUUCUACCGUUUCAUUUCCUCGAGGUUAGUUGGGUAAGUGAGUUUUUAUCCCUCAACAUUCCCUUGUUUCCUUGUGAGGCCUGUAACACUACUACAAUAAUACCUGGAUGAGGAUCCUUGCAAAAAUGUUUUUUUUCUCUUGAGAUGGGAGUCUGGCUGUUUCCACACUGGGUACAUUCCUUGGAAUAGCUAGGGUUUUAUUCAAUCCCUGUUUAUGAAGCAUCUACAUAAUGUUGUAAUCAAACAGUUAUUCUCUUGUGUCUCUCCAACCGCACCCCGGUUCUUGGGUCUCUUUUCAGACUUUAGAAAAUUGGGCUUGGUUUUGGAAAAAUGGAAAAGAAGCACUCUCUCCAAGAGGUUUAGAUCUCUUUAAGGCUGCUUUCCUUUUUGAAAAAAGACAUGCCAUUUGAUGACUGCAGUGACACAUUGGGUCACUGAGCUUAUUACUAUGCAUUUGCUUUUGUAAACCUUCAUUAUUAUUUAUUUAUUCAAUAUACGUAUUUACUAUUUCUCAUUAAAAUAAUACCAACACAGUAUACAACGAAACAACUACUUUUUCUGUUAGUGCCAUUUUGUCAUUGUGGUUGUUAAAAAUAUAUUUUUUUCAUUUGCUCUAAAAUGCUUUUUCACACAUUUUUUAUUUAAAUAUUAAUAGCACUUUAAAUUUACUUUUUAAAAAAUAUACUGCCUUUCCAGUCACCAGAUUAGCACACCAAAUUGAUUUAUUUUAUUUUUUUGUAAACGAAUUGCUUAGUUAUAAAACACUUUGUAGCAAUUAUUGGGUAAAAUCUCCUAAAUACAAAGCACUUUACAUGCUGAUACAAAAUUGGAGAAAUUGCAUGCUCAAAAUUGUCCUUUUCCCGCCCAAAUGUCUAUCAUGCACUCUAGUGCAGAUGAAAUGUAGCAGGAGGAAUACGCUAAGUGCUGUUCUCCGCCCCCCCUGUACACAAACACACGACAAGUCAAUUAUGGUUCUGUAGGUAGCUUAGUGCAGAUGACUAAUGCUUUGCCAUUCCCUUUAUUUGCAUUCUCUUACAGAGAACAUGAAAAAAGUGUACAAAUUGCCUAUAAGACAUCGUGUUCAUGAGAUAAGCUUCAAGAAAGAGACCUCUGUAGCCUGCUUAGUAACUGAAACCGUAUUUUAAAAGUGCCUUCCAACUGCUGCAACAGAAACAAACUCGUUUGCUCUACCCAACUUUUGAAUUUGUUUAAUACAGGUGUUCUGUUGAACAAACAGGUGUGUUGCUUCGUGUGUGUGUGUGUGUGUGUUGCGAUGCAGCCAUAAAUUACAAUCUUUGGAGA